UCCGGCCACCUGUGAUGACGACAUUUUGUUUACCCGUUCCGAAUGUGCGCAGUAUUUUUUUUACACUUACGUAUUUUUCAAAAUUUUGUCAACGUACUUAUUUUAUUUAACAUUAUUGCUUUUUAAUAUAUUUUUUAGAUAUUGAAAAUGGCUUUUUUCCCCCCCUCUUUCAUUUUCUUUGUAAGAAUAGUUUAUACGAGCUCUACGCUGUUUUUGCCAAUAUUGGAAUAUUCAGGUCAAACUUUUACGGUAUUUUGUAACUGGGAAUUUUUGUACUUUUUUUUCUUUUUGAAAAGUAAAAAUAGCUAUAAGUUUCUUUCUACAAUAAAAAAAGAGUACUAGUAGCCACUCAGGCCAAAAAGUGUGGUUAAAGAAGCUUUUUUAGGAGACAGAGCAACAAAAACACGCUUUCGUGGAGGCAUCCGCGUUUUUUCCACUUCGCGUUUUUUUUAACCUGCACAUUACCACUUAUAGGCGGCGGCGAACGCAGCAGUAGUUGAGAAGUUGAGAAGACUACCCCAAGUUGAAAUCUGAAGCUGAGGAGGGAGUUCAGUGGUUGUUACCGGUUGUAGGGGGAAUUACAAGCUGCAACGUCGCCUCGAACGCAGCAGAUGGACCGCCAUCUAGUUUACCCGGAUGUGUCACAUGUGUACGUCACGAGUACUCGGUGUGGACACACGUGUAUAUAUAUGCUGUAACUGCAGAAACUGUGCUAGCCAUUUUCGGUUCCUCUCUAGAUAUGUAUGCGUGUGCUUUUUUUUCUUAAAGCAAGUUCAGAUGUUGAUUAAACAUAUCGGGCUACAGUCUGUUGUCCUACGAAAAAAACACCAGCAUUCUCACUAGUAUGGUUUGGAUUAACAGAUAGCUAUUGUAACUAGUCUGGACUAGUUGGUUAACAGCAACCUCAAGGCUAAUUCGGCUCACCAAAUGAUAAGGCAGGGUAAUUGGAAUGGGAAACACUGCGAGGUAGGCCUUCUCAAUCCUUGUAAGACCUGGAGGCUGGACGAAGGUUAACUUAAGUCACUUAUUUGCAGAUGGAAUGUUAGUGUGCAUCUUAACACCUCUGAAUUUAUGAAAAGGGCCACUUAUUGAUUUAAAAUAAAUAAAUAAAUAAAUUAACAUAUAAGCUAAUGUAUGACGGACCUGCUACUGAGCCAUGCCUACUGUGUGGAAAUAGCUUAAAGAGGAUGGUAGGUCCUUUAUCAUAACACAUUUGAUAGGAUUUUAGUACUUGAAAUCCUUUAGAUUGAUGUAGAUUGUGUUAUUACCACCAUCUGAAAUCACAGCUUGAUUAGUUUACGGUGGAAUAUGGCAGAUUCUGCUGUGAGUGUAAAUAGAAAUGAGGAAUUUAAGGAAGAAUUAAUGGCAAACAGUAAUGAAACCAAAAAGGAGCUUGAAGAAACACCUGAGCAUGAGCUCAACUCUAAAGUAGAGCUGAAUACUGAGCUGCAAACACCUCAGGCCUGGAAAUGGUCAGUCAUGUUCCUCUGUUUUUACGGCUUCAUGGUUCAACUGAAGCCAGGCGAGUCUUUCAUCACUCCUUACCUGCUUAGCACAGAGAAGAACUUCACCAGAGAGCAGGUCACGAACGAGAUUACUCCAGUGCUCUCGUAUUCGUAUAUGGCUGUACUGGUGCCUGUGUUUCUGCUGACUGACUACCUGCGGUAUAAGCCUGUCUUGGUCCUGCAAAGCAUGAGCCAUGUCUCCAUCUGGCUCCUACUACUGCUGGGCACCUCCUUGUUAGAGAUGCAGUUCAUGGAGUUCUUUUAUGGCAUGACGAUGGCGGCCCGUGUGGCCUAUUCCUCUUACAUUUUUUCACUUGUGCCUGCAAAUGUGUAUCAGCGUGUGGCCAGUUACUCGCGCUCCUCUGUGCUGCUGGGUGUGUUUACCAGUUCAGUGACGGGCCAGCUGUGUAUGUCACUGGCUGACAUCACAUACAACACGCUCAGUGCCAUCUCACUGGGCUUCGUCUCUUUUGGCUUGUUGCUCUCCACCUGCUUGCCAUGGCCAAAACGAAGUCUGUUUUUUAACCAGAACCACAGGCAUGAGGAGGGACCUGCCACUCAGUCAGAACUGGACAAAAUUAAACUAGAUGAAGUGAUUACAGAAGGUGAAAAAGCCUCAGCAGGUGUCUGUAACAGUCAGAUAACCUCCUCCAGCAUGAACAUUUUCAUUCAGAUGUUGAAGGAGAUGCGCAAUGUUGUGAAAGUCCCCAGCCUGAGACUGUGGAGCCUGUGGUGGGUGUUCAACUCCACUGGCUAUUACCUGGUGUUGUUCUACGUGCAUAUCCUGUGGAACAAGUUGGAUCCAUCCACAGAGCAGAAGCAUGUCUAUAAUGGAGGAGUCGAAGCUGCCUCAACUUUGCUUGGUGCGAUCACGUCAUUUGUGGCAGGAUUUGUGAAGAUCAGGUGGAAGGUCUGGUCGGAGCUGGUAAUUGGGGUGAUCACUGCAGCUCAGGCUGGUUUGCUACUUCUCAUGGGUACCACCACCAACAUCUGGGUGUGUUACAUUGCCUAUAUUCUCUUCAGAGGCUUCUACCAAUUCCUGGUUCCUAUUGCUACUUUUCAGAUUGCCUCUUCUCUCACUAAGGAGCUGUGUGCUUUAGUCUUUGGAAUAAACACUUUCCUGGGGACGAUCUUGAAGACUAUAAUUACGCUAAUUGUGGUAGAUAAGAGAGGCCUGGCUCUGCCAGUACACUCCCAGUUUUUUGUGUACUUCUUUUACUUCACCCUGCUGACGAUGGUUUAUUUGGGCUGUGCUGCAUGGGUUAUCACGCACCAUUACCGCAAUCAGAGGCGAGAGCAGGUUCCCACAGAUGCAACUACACCAGUUGAGCUUAGCCCUGUGGAAAAAGAUCCCUCGGAGAAGAAACCUCUCUCCAAUGGAUCAGAUGUCAGGACCUGAAAAUUAAGUGAAUUCUACAGUGUUCAUGGUGAGAUUCUCUCACUUGAGUGUUUGGUUUUCUCUGUAUGUCCUUGAGAUUUCUCUCAUGAGAUUUAUAUGAAUAACAAUGCAUCACUGAAACGCAUAACAGAAAGAUGCACUUUGUUUUAGUAACUCUGAUGAUCUGUGAAUUUAUUACAAUAAGGACCUUGUCAUCUCUAAAUGAAAUUGCAAAAAAAUAAAAUGCAGAAUUUCACUUACUAUGCAUUACCAAAGGCUAAGGCUGAGAAAUAAGAGUUUUUUAAAAAAAAAUAUAGGAAAUAAAUUGAAGAUAACAUCACUUGCAUGCCUAACCUUGCUUAGCCAUGGGAAAUCAUAAUAGGUGGAAAUCAUUCAUACCAAAAUAUUGAGACCUGCUGCCUAGUUUAUGAAAUUACUGUAUGUAAAAACUUGUGUGCAUCUAUUCAUUAAGACUUGGUAGUGCUGCAUUGUUUAAAUAUAUUGCUGGAAGCAGGAAACCUCGCUGUCACAAGCAACAAGUAAAAAAUUAGGUUACAUUAUGAAGCAAAUAUUUUGAAGGAUGUCAAUGAUUUUAUAAAGGAAAAUGUCUGCUAAGGAAUUAUUUGUUUUCUCCCUGUCUUGUAUAAGCCUUUUAGUUAAACUUUGCAUAAAUCCACUGUAUCUACACCCACUUAUCAUAUUUUAGUUUGCUGGUUAAUAAUUUGCUUUGGGAGUUUAUUUUGAAACAGGGAACACCCAUCAAUGUGAUGCAGAGGUCUAUUUUAUCUGUUAUUACAUAAGACUUGUUUGAAUUUUGUUGAUAAUGGUGAAGAGCAUAGACUUAUUAAUUGUCUGAUCAUUUCCCAGACUUACACAGUAUGUAUUAGUGGUUGAGAUAGGAACACUAGCUGGGAAACUCAUAAAUACAUGCUGUAUACUAAACAUUUUAGUUUAAUAUUAAAAAGAGUAUUCUGUUAGUAUUUUUAAUUCAAAUUUUUUUUUAAAUUACUUGUGGGAUGAUGUUCGUGAAAUGCCUUAGCAUGGUUGUCCAGGACCAUUUUGCCCUGUAACUGGAUGAUUCCCUAUAGAAAUCUGCUGAAUAUCACUAUAUUUUGUCAUGCGCCUGGGACCCUUCUAUGUUGUCAGAAUUGUCUUGCAAUUUCUGGCCAUGCAUGUGUAUUUUUUCCCCCUAAGCUAAGAUUGUACAGCUUUCUCUCCUAUUUCUAACACAAGCAAUUAAAAAAAGUAGUUCUUUUGUUUUCUUGAA